AUGCGCAAAGUCAUGUUUAAUUCUAUCCCGUUUAUCAAUGCAGGGGCGCAUGUUGGAUUAGACAUGAUGACCGGGAAGGUCUUCGUUUUCUCCUCGUCUCUCUUCAGACCUGUCCGGAUUUCUUCCUCUAGGCCUUCAACCUUACUCGAGUUAACUCUUCUGCCGGUCGAGAAGGUUCUCAGAGGCGAAGCCCGCUCCGAGUCAGCCCACCUAGCGUAUCUUGCACGUUCAGACGGUUUAGCCUCUUUGGUACACCUCGUCGAAGUCAUCAACCUGAAAGAGGGAAGAUGGUUCGAGGCAUACAUCGACGCGCACUCUGGAGAACUGCUAUCCGUUACUAAUUUCGUAUCGCGAGCAUCUUAUUACGCGAUUCCUAUUUCGAAAGCAAGCAUUGCUGCAGGUCAAGAGAUGAUUGUCGACCCAGAAGACUAUGAAGCUUCUCCUCUCGGGUGGCAUAAUGAUGGGAAUGCGAACAUAACCGUUACCUCAGGAAACAAUGUCCUCUCAUUUAAGUGGCUCGAUCCAGGGUAUGCUUACUCGAACGGUAACCUGUCCAACUCCGCGGACCCUAGUUCUCUCACAUUCUCCAUGCAUUACAACACCACUCUACCAUCGGAUAACCCGACAAACCUCGAGGCAGCGCGGACAAAUGCUUUCUACAUUAUGAAUGUUAUGCACGAUGUCUUCUACCGUUAUGGGUUCACAGAAGACGCGUUCAACUUCCAAGUUACGAACCUCAGAGGUUCGGGCAAGACCAGGGCAGCCGACCCAGUCCGUGUCAGUGUGCAAGCUGAAGGGGCAGGGCCCAACCGUGAUGGAGCCAUUGCGAACGACAUCCUCGUGCAUGAAGUUACUCAUGGCCUCACUCAGCGAAUGACUGGAGGAGGAACAUCACGUUGCUUGCAAACUCUGGAAGCAGAAGGGCUCGGCGAAGGGUGGUCAGAUAUCAUGGCGGAAUGGGUGCAGCUGACUGGUGGUGACAUGCGCGACUACGCGUUCGCCACGUACGUAGCCGGAAACGACAAAGGUCUACGAACGUAUCCUUACUCGACUAGCAUCUCGACGAACCCGAGGAGGUAUUCCGAUGUCGCCAUUAUGAAUGAGCCACAUGACAUCGGGGAAGUUUGGGGAAAUAUCCUGCACAACAUCCUCGCAGUUUUGAUCGACAAGUAUGGAUGGUCCAGCGCCGCGAUGACCGACCCUCAGGACCUGAAGGAAAUAUUGUGUAUCUGCAUCUGUUCAUCGAUGCCUUACCAUUACAACCAUGUAACCCCUCUUGCUCGAGACGCAUUUAUCCAAGCCGACGCCAUUCGUUACAACGGUGUGAACAAAUGUCUCCUCUGGCGCGUCUUCGCCAGACAUGGCCUUGGCGUCAAUGCAGCAGAUUACGUUGACGAUCCGACUAUUCCUGACGACUGUUGA